AAGUGUUGGGGGAGUUGGGGGAGUGUGUGUGAUGCUACAACCUCCUUAUAAAGGGACUCUCUCUCACGUUGUGGCUUGGAAAUUAGAGCACAUUGCCUAAAAUUGAGGUCUCCUCACACACACUCUCACACACACGCCGAGUCACCGAGAACUGCUGCCAUGAGCUGGAUGAACGUUGAGGAGACGCUCCGCAGGGCCGAGACGCCUCUCUUCUGGGUCGGUGCGUUCACUGUGGCCUCCCUGACGCUGUGGCUGCUCUACAGGCUGCUCUCUGGCUUCAGGAUCUGGGUCUUGGGGAACGGACAGCUGCUGACUCCGAAGCUGGGCAAAUGGGCAGUUGUGACUGGAGCCACUGAUGGAAUCGGGAAAUCCUAUGCGGAGGAGCUGGCUCGUCGAGGCUUCGCCAUGAUGCUGAUCAGUCGCUCUCAGGACAAGCUGGAUGACGUGGCCAGGUCGCUUGCGAAGGAGUACGGCGUGGAGACCAAAACCAUCGCAGUCGACUUUGGCAGCGCAGACAUCUACCCUAAGAUCGAGGCGGGCCUCACUGGUCUGGAGGUCGGUGUUCUCGUCAACAACGUGGGCGUCUCCUACUCUUACCCCGAGUACUUCCUUAACAUCCCCGACCUGGACAACUUCAUCACAAACAUGGUCAACGUGAACAUCACCUCCGUGUGCCAGAUGACCCGUCUGGUUCUCCCCAGGAUGGCUGAGAGGUCUAAAGGAAUCGUCCUCAACAUCUCCUCUGCCAGCGGCAUGUACCCCGUCCCUCUGCUUACAGUCUACUCCUCCACAAAGGCCUUUGUGGAUUUCUUCUCUCGUGGCCUUCAGGAGGAGUACAGGCGUCAGGGCAUCAUUGUUCAGAGCGUGCUGCCCUUCUUCGUGGCCACUAAGAUGACCCGCAUCAGGAAGCCCACCCUGGACAAACCCACCCCAGAGCGCUACGUUGCAGCUGAGCUCAGCACUGUGGGUCUGCAGACUCAGACCAACGGCUACUUCCCCCACGCUGUCAUGGGUUGGUUGACCACCAAACUCGUGCCAGACAACCUCGUCAUCUUCUUCGGAGCCAGAAUGAACCGCCUGCAGCGCACCGGGUACCUGCAGCGGAGGAAGCUGCGCGAGCAGAGGAACGGCACCAGUUUGAAAAGUGAUUAAGAAGACGGCUGAUGAACCUGCAGGCAGCGGCUCUGCUCUCACCUGCUGCCUUCGUGACAUACAAAGAGAGAGUGCGUGUGUGUGUUUGUAUCUGUGCGAUUGAUCCUCCAGGGUUUGCGUGAGAUUUCACCUUUUUGCCUUUGGUAAAUGUGCACACCGAUGUUUGUGCACGACCUUGUGUUUAGAAGUUCAUCUUCUGCCCUGAUGUGAUUUGUCUGGACAGAUUGCCAAAGAAGGCAGGAGCUGAAAUGAUAAUAAAAUGCUGCUCUUAGCAAAGGACAUAAUAUUUUUUUGUCACUGACACUGUUGGUGGAAACAAUAAAGCCAUAAAAUAAGUGAUUUGUUAACCCUGCUGUUGUAAGCAGUGGAACAUGGUGAAGGGUAUCUUUUUUAUAUGUAUGUAUUAUUUAUUUUAGAACAUAUGAGCCAAAGACAGACCUUUAGAAUAGGUUCAACCUGUUUACAAAUCAAUAAGCCAUUCAAAGAUGGUGAUUCCUAUUCCUGUCAUCUCAGUUCAAUACUAUAUCUGAUCUGCUCUCAUCAGCUAUUGGCUCUUUCUACCUUUUUUCUAUAACAUUGUGUGUUUGCAUUAUAUUUAAGAUGAUACUCUGUGGUGGGUUGUUGUUGCACCAACGUAUAACUUAUUCUAAGCCAAAGACCUUCAUUUAUUCUCCACUUAAGUGCCUUUCUACUGACAUAAAUGCCGGGUGUGGUCAGAUUCAAUGAGCGGGUAUUGCUGGUUGAAAACGUACUGAGGAUGUAAUUCAGCUGGUGCUAUGUCACUCUACACAGCUGCUCCAUUUUCUGCCUUUUUAAUAUAAAAUGGACUUCUGAACCUCUGCAUGUUAAGUUCCCCAGGUGUCUUCUCAGAGGAUUUCUCUGGGGUGAAGAAGAGUUUAAAUUAUAUGCUGUGGUUCAACGUUUUCUUGUAGAUUUUGUCACUUUGUAAACUAACAAACAUCUGCUCUAAAGUACAGAACUUUGUCCUCAUUACACAGUUGGUGCACAGCUUGAAAACUCCAUAUGACUUGGUCUGACCUGUGCCUAAACUAAGAUGCCUUGUGAAUCAUUAUCUUCUGUAAAGAGUCUUUUAAUAUGCUUAGAAAUCGGAUUUUCUUCAUGUAAAAUGUGCUGUUUACGUUUAUACUGCUGGCAACUUUUGUUUUAUACGGUUUGUUAAUAAAAGCUCUGGUAUACAG